AUGACUUUUGAAGCCUAUAAGGUUCUCCAAAUAAAGGGUCACAUCUUAUUGAAGGGUACUUCCUGGAAUGGCCUCACUCCGAAUAGGGACGCUCCUGGGUCACCUAUUUCUGAGAAUUCCCACAUUAAUAAUUUGCCAGAAUUAGUGUCUGAGGGGAAUUUUUUGCGGAACACCCAGUCAGGACUUGAGAGUUGCAGCAGAGCAGGUCUGCUAGGUUUCUACAGGUCUGCGCCUGUCAACUCUGUCAAGCAGUUUAUAGUUGACCGAUCUCAUGUUGAGGGAUUGCUUUUUUCUGUUUUUUUCCGCCUCUCUUCAUCAGAACGGACGCAAAAGCGGAUUCAUGAGAUAAUGAAAGGACCUGUGAAGGGCCGAAACGGAGUGCCAAGGGCAUAUUCCAUGAUGGACUCGUCCAGGGUAUCCACUUUUUUGAUAUCGAUACUGCUGAUAGUUUAUGGCAGUUUUCGAUCGCUGAACAUGGAGCAAGAAGCAAGAGAGCGGGAAAAGGAGAAAGAGCGAAAUAAUCUUCUGUCCGGUAUUCCAAACACAGGAAACGGGGAGAGUGCGGGCGGAAGUGUUCAAACACUCGACACCAUGCACGCUCUUUGUUUACCUCUUGGUGCUUCCAUAUCUCUGCUUGUCAUGUUUUUCUUUUUCGACAGUAUGCAGAUGCUCUUCGCGAUUUGCACAGCCAUUAUAGCAACAGUUGCACUGGCUUUUCUUCUAUUGCCAAUGUGUCAGUACAUAAUUCGGCCCUGUUCCGACGGCAAUAAAAUAUCAUUUGGCGUCUGUGGGAGAUUUACAGGAGCAGAAUUAUUAUCAUUUUCAUUAAGUGUCACCAUCGUUUGCAUAUGGGUAUUGACAGGACAUUGGUUACUCAUGGAUGCCAUGGGGAUGGGUCUGUGCGUCGCAUUCAUAGCUUUCGUCCGUCUGCCUAGUCUCAAGGUUUCCACCUUGCUUCUCACGGGGCUUCUGAUCUACGACGUUUUUUGGGUCUUCUUUUCAUCUUACAUAUUCAGCACAAACGUAAUGGUUAAGGUAGCUACUCGCCCAGCAGACAAUCCAGUGGGUCUGGUCGCUAGAAGAUUUCACUUAGGAAGUGUCGCGAGAGAAGCACCGAAGCUCUCUUUACCUGGGAAAUUGGUUUUCCCUUCGAUGCACCAGGCGGGGCACUUUUCGAUGCUGGGUCUCGGCGAUGUCGUGAUGCCGGGGCUCCUACUUUGCUUUGUAUUGCGGUACGAUGCGUAUAAAAAGACUCAACUCUUGCCCGGUGGCUGUGAGGCAGGGGUGCCUCCACCUCGACAUCUUAGUCGUAUCAGCUACUUCCAUUGCUCCCUCAUCGGCUACUUCCUCGGUCUACUCACUGCCACAGUCAGCUCCGAGGUGUUCAAAGCUGCACAGCCUGCCUUAUUGUACCUCGUGCCCUUUACGCUGUUGCCCCUCCUUACUAUGGCGUAUCUAAAGGGAGAUUUGCGCCGCAUGUGGAGCGAACCGUUCAUAACUCACCCACAGCCGAAGCACAUGGAGGUUUGACAGCUCCCCAUACUUGCAAUAUCGCAAUU